AUGGACGAUAAACACGACCCCUCUGCUCUCUUCUUCGACGGCGAUGAGUCUGUCGAUCUAUACUCUGUUCUCUCGCUCGCAGCCACCGCUACCCAAGACGCAAUCAAGAAAGCCUAUCGUAAACACGCUCUCAUUUACCAUCCUGACAAGCACGCGUCCUCCGACGAGAAGUCCAAAGCCGACGCGUCUCACAAGUUUCAGCAAGUAGGCUUUGCUUAUACGGUGUUGAGCGAUGAGAAGAGGAGGAAGAGAUACGAUAAGACGGGAAGGACGGACGAGGGAUUCGAAGAUGUGGGUGAGGCUGGGUGGGAAGCGUAUUUUGAGGACCUAUUCGAUAGCGUGACGAAGGAGAAGCUGGAUGACAUGAAGAAGGAGUAUCAGGGUUCUGAAGAGGAGGUCGAAGACCUCAAGGCGGCCUACGUCGAGUGUGACGGGUCAAUAGAGGAGAUCAUGAAACAUAUCCCUCACUCGCUCUACGAAGACGAAGCACGCUUUAUCGUCACCAUUUCGAACCUCAUCUCCAAAGGCGAACUGCCGUCUCUCCCCACCUGGGAGUCGAGUAUCAAGGAUGAGAAGAGCAAGCUAGUCCGGAAGAAACAGGCAGACAAGGAGGCGAAGGAAGCUGAAGAGAUGGCACGGGAACUAGGUGUCUGGGAUGAAUUCUAUGGGAGCGGGAAGAAAGGGGAGAGGAGAGGAAAGGGCAAAGCCAAGGAAAAGGUGAAGCAGGACGUUGACGAAGAUGACGACGCGGAAGAUCAUUCGGCGCUGCAAGCGUUGAUGCUGAAGCGGAAGAAGAAUAUGGACGGCUUCUUUGAUAACCUGGCGGCGAAAUACUCCGAGCCGAAGACGAAGGCUAAGGGCAAGGGUAAGAAGAGGAAGAGUGCCCAAGAUGAGGAAGAAGUGGAAGAGUCGCCACAGAAGAAGAGGAGAGGUGCCGCUGCUGAACCUCCAGAAAUUGAUGACGCAGAGUUCGAGAAGCUGCAGCAGAAACUCUUUGGCGACAAGUCGAAAUCUGGUGGUGCUGACUCGGGCACGAAGACUGCGAAAGCUGGACGAGGUCGGAAGGGCAAGUAGAGCUCGAGCCCGUGGAUAUCUCGCAUAUGCCAGCCUUGAUGUUCUGUAUUUUUGGAGUGUAUGUUCAGAUUUUCUGUAUGAUAUUUGUAUGUCCCGUAUUUACAGCGCUAUUCACUUCGAUGCGGAAUCGCGCGUUUCGCGAUUUCGUGUUGCAUGAUCGCC